UUUUGAGCCCCUUCUCUUUUUCAGGAACGCUCAACUCUCACCAGACACAUUCUGCGCAGACGCAGGCUCACGCUAGACGACCACUCUUCACGACGUCGACUACCGCUCCUCGCUCCUCGCUCCUCGCUCCUCGCUCCUCGCUCAGCACACAAAGCGCAACCAUGGCGCCUGGAAAGUGGGAUGACGAGGAAGAGGACAGCACGCCUCCCUCCUCUCCAGUCAACAAGCCCAUUGCCCGCCGCAGCAAGUUUGACGACGAAGAGGACGAUAGCGAUGUGCUAGAAUCAUGGGACGCCGCCGAAGACUCCGAGGUCGAGCGCGAAAAGGCAAAGAAGGCGGCUGAUGCAAAGGCCAAAGCGGAGGCCGAAGCCAAAGCGAACAAGAAGAGCAAGGCACAGCGCAUCGAGGAGCACAGGGAAGCCAACCGGCUGCGGCGGGAAACGGGCGACUUCGACAGCGACGAAGACGAGACGGAAGAGGAGCGCCGCAUCCGACUCCGCCAGCAGGAAAUCGACGGCUCCCGCGCCCAGGCCGAAGAGCUCUUCGGCGACCUCGCCCUCUCCAACAAGCGCGCCGGCAAGGCCGUCACCAUCACCGACGAAUCCGACCCCACCAAGGCCAUCGACCUGUCCUCGCUGCACAUCUUCAACCCAAACACCAAGAACCAGUUCACCAAGCUGCGCGAGACGCUCACCCCGCUGCUGGCUCAAAACGCCAAGAAGGGCCAGUACUCGCUGUUCCUGCAAGAGUUCUGCAAGCAGAUUGCAAAGGACCUGCCCAGCGAGCAGAUUAAGAAGAUUGCGAGCGCCCUCACAACGCUGAGUAAUGAGAAGAUGAAGGAGGAGAAGGCGGCGGAGAAGGGUGGCAAGAAGACAAAGGCUGCCAAGACCAAGACGGUGCUCAAUGCGUCGAGAGACGUCGGCACGAGGGCAGAUACGGCUGCUUACGACGAGGACUUUGGAGAUGACGACUUCAUGUGAGGAACGAUAUGUGCUCCUCUUGUCACAACCACCACUUCACCAUUGCCUGCAGUCAUAGACUCGGUGCACUCUUUGCAUCAUGACAACGACCCCGCCGACUGUAACCCCUACAUGCGUACGGUCUGUCCGUGGCAUUCCAUUUCCAGCAUUGCAUGUGUUUGUUUUCUUGUUCAAAUGGUUCCAGGGCUGCUACGGCAUAGCUUGUAUGCGUGUAGCGGGCAUGCGUGACGAAUAUCUCCAGAUGUGGUAUAGCAGCAACACAAAUGCAAUCUCCCUUUUCAUACGCAA